UUGGUGCAAGCAAAGCACAUCCUCAGUGAAUGGAGCCCUGGCUGCUAGAAUGUGGAGGGCGUGGGCUUGAUGUCUGCAUGGCUAUUCCUGGAAGCUGAAGCAAUGCCCUGGAAGCGUUCACCCCCCCACCCGCAGGAUAAAGAUUCAUGAAUAGAGAAGUGUUUGAUCAGGCUGGACAAUAUCGAAGAUUUCAAGUAUGGCUAAAGACUUCCGCUAUUAUUUCCAGCAUCCAUGGUCGCGGAUAGUUAUUGCUUACUUGGUGACAUUUUUUAAUUUUUUAAUAUUUGCUGAGGAUCCCGUGUCUCAUAGCCAAACAGAAGCCAAUGUCAUCGUUGUUGGGAACUGCUUUUCGUUCAUCAUGACUAAAUACCCAGGAGGAGCUUGGAACUUUUUAAAAGUCAUCCUUUGGCUUGUUGCCAUCACAGUUGGAUUGAUUGCGGGGAAGUUUAUUUUUCAUCAACGUUUAUUUGGUCAGUUUCUCCGUCUGAAAGUGUUUAGAGAUGAUCAUGGCUCCUGGAUGACUAUGUUUUUCAGCACCAUACUUUUUCUCUUCAUCUUUUCCCAUAUCUACAACAUUUUUCUUCUUAUAACUGGCAACAUGAGUCCUUACAUUAUAACCGAAUAUAUGGGCAUCAGGAAUGAGAGCUUUAUGAAGGUUGCAGCAGUUGGAACGUGGAUGGGAGACUUUGUUACAGCCUGGAUGGUGACCGAUAUGAUGCUUCAGGACAAUCAGUACCCUGACUGGGGAAAAUCAGCAAGAGCCUUCUGGAGAAGGGGAAAUAUCCGUAUUAUACUGUUUUGGACUGUUUUGUUCAGCCUGACCUCUGUGGUUGUUCUUGUCAUUACUACUGACUGGAUAAGCUGGGACAAGCUGAAUCGUGGGUUUUUGCCCAGUGAUGAGGUCUCGAGAGCUUUUUUGGCUUCAUUUAUCUUGGUGUUUGACCUUCUUAUUGUGAUGCAGGAUUGGGAAUUUCCUCACUUCAUGGGUGAUGUGGAUGUCAAUCUCCCUGGUUUACCUACUUCUCACAUGCAGUUCAGAGUGCCAUACUGCCAAAGGAUAUUCAAAGAGGAAUACCAUAUACAUAUAACAGGUAAAUGGUUUAACUAUGGCAUUAUAUUCCUUGUAUUAAUCCUUGACCUGAAUAUGUGGAAGAACCAAAUGUUUUACAAGCCUUCGCCUUAUGGUCAAUACAUAGGCCCUGGCCAGAAGAUAUAUACAGUGGAAGAUGCUGAAAGCUUACAAAAUCUUAAUCAGACAACUUUAUCCUGGGAAUGGCGAUCAAACAAUACUGAUCCAUAUACUAAUAAAACUUUUGUUGAUGGAGAUAUGUUCUUACACAGUAGAUUUAUUGGAGCAAGCCUGAAUGUGAAAUGCUUGGCUUUCAUUCCAAGUCUUAUGGCAUUUGCGUUAUUUGGAUUCUUUAUUUCAUUAUUUGGGCGAUUUCAGAAAAGUGAACAAGGAAUGGAGAAUAAAGAUAAAUCUUACAAACGCAUCAACAGGAAAUCUCCUUCUGAACACAGCAAGGAGAUGGGAAUGACCAUUGAGAACCUCCAGGCUGUUGUAGAGGAACCUUUAUGCUUACAUGAUGCAACACUCCUAGCUCCCAGGACAAGAGAAAAUGAAAUCCUGUGUUAUCCUCCAGCAACUGAAUCGGAUAAUCUUUCUUCUUUAACACAAGCAGAGCCAGCUGCCGACAUUGUUCCUUAUGCUGAUCCAAUUAGUUAACAAUGUUACGAGCAAACGUUGCAAUUGUAUCAUAUAUAUACAUAUACAGUGCAUUCAGAAAAUCUUCAGACCCUUUCACUUUUUUGACAUUUUGUUAUUCUGUGGCCUUCUGCCAAAAUAAAAAAAAAGCUUCCCCCUGAUUAGUCUUCACUCAAUACCCCAGAAUGACAAAGUGAAAACAGAGUUUUUAGAAAUUAUUGCGGCAUAGUAACCCUGGAAAACCCCUUUAAACCCCUUCAAGACCAAACCCAUUUUCAUUUUUCCAUUUUUUGUUUCUUCCUCCCCACAUUCUAAGAGCCAUUCCUUUUUUAAUUCUGUUCACAUACCCAUAUAAGAGCAUAUUUUUUGCUGGACAAGUUCUAUUUUUUUAAUGGCACCAUUUCAUUUAUCAUGUCUUGUAUUGGAAAACAGGAAAAAAAAAUCUUUGUGGGGUGAAAUAACAAAAAUAAAUUCCAAUAAGGUUUUUUGGGUUGUGACAUUACAGUGUUCACUGCAGGUCAAUACAAUUACGGCGAUACCAAACUUGUACGGUUUUUAUUUUGUCUUACUGCUUUAAAAAUAAAUAAAAAGGUUUUAAAAAAUCAAAGAUUUCUUUGCUUCGCCAUUUUCUAACAGUCAAGUUUUUGGAAUUUCCAUCCACAAAGCUGUAUUAGGGCCUAUUAGAGAUCUAUAUGCACAAGGCACAGCUUCGCAGGCAGAUUACUAUGACAGCCCCGGGAAGCCUUAGCAGGCCCCAGGCUGCCAUGGUAACCUAUCUGAGCCCCACAAUUUCACUGCAGGGGUCUUGAUUGGAAGACAGAGGGAGUCACAUCCCUCUGCCUUACCUCACAGAUGUCACGAAUGCUGUUGAUUACAGUGUCUGAGGGGUUAAAUGACGGGGUUUGGAGUGAUCACCGUUCCACAUCAUUUCAAUAUGUGAAUAUUUGGAAGAACCAAAUCUUUGACACGCCUUCGGUCUAUAGUCAAUACAUAGGCCCUGGCCAGAAUAUAUAUACAGUGGAAGAUGCUGAAAGCUUAUGAAAUCUUAAUCAGACAACUUUAUCAUGGGAAUAAUACAAUACUGACCCGAUUUAUUGGAGCAAGCCUCAAUGUGAAAUGCUUGGCUUUCAUUCCAAUUAGCAAAUAUUGUGAACAUUUUGUUUGCUGAAUGAUGCCCAAAAACUUUUUUUUUUUACUUUAGCACAAGGCUGAAACAAAACAAAAUGUGAAUAAAGUGAACGGGUCUGAAGACUUUCCGAAUGCAUUAUAUAUAUAUAUAUAUAUAUAUAUAUAUAUAUAUUAUAUAGAGAGAGGGUCCUUACCUUUUGUUAUAAAUAUGUACAGUAUAUAAUGUUUACAAAAUGCUCAUAGAUUGCAAAUUAAUCUGGUGCUCAAAAAGUUACAACCCACACAUUUUUGUAAUUUGUAUUUUGCUAUAUGUGCCUAUAUAAGACAUUCCUUAAAAUAAAUAUUUCAGGUUAGAUAGCCUUUUCCUCAAGUGGAAGACUGUAUUGUGAUACUGACUUUUCAACCACUCCCUAUACCGGUAUUAAUCCAUAAAUAUCUCUUAAAGGGAUUUUACGUGAGUAAGAUACAAAGACCUACACUCAGGAGAGGUGAUUAAUAUCUUCUGAUUAGUGGGGGUCUGACACACAGCACCGCAACUGAUCAGCUGUUUGAGGAGAUCAUGGUGCUCUUGUGAUUGCUGCAGCCCCUUCGCACCUCAAUAGGACUAAGCUGACCAAUGAAUGUGACAUCACUGGCCUAGGAAAAGGCCACAGUGCUCACCAGACUGCCACAACCUCUUCAACAGCUGAGCAGUGAGGGUUCCAGGAGUUGGACCCAAAACAUUCAGAUAUUGAUGACCUAUCCUGAGUUUAGUGAAGACUCUUUAGGAAAAGUGUCUUUACUAAACCUCAGAGAAAUACAAACAAUUAAAUGACAUACUGUACGGGAAAUGUAAAAGAUUUUUGUGCUGGAGGUACUCAAGGUGGACGCUCUUACAUCAAAAGGAGGAAAACUUCUACAAGUAGUGAAAUGCGUCUGUCAUGACAUAUUUGUUUUAAGAAGCAGAUAUACGUAGGACUUGUAGAUACAUUUAUAAGAAGCCACAAUAUGCCAUGCCAACUGAACACAUCAAAUCAUAAAAGUAUCAUUAUUCAUUUUAUCUAUUUAUUUUAGUCACUUAUAUAGCACUGACGUAUUCUGCACCACUUUACAAACAUUAUCAUCAUGCUGUCCCCAGUGGAGUUUCCUAUCAGUAUGUCUUUGGAGUGUGGGAGGAAACAGGAGUACCCGGAGGAAACCCAUGCAAAUAUGGGAGAACAUACAAACUCAGUGCAAAUGUAGUCCUUGGUCAGAUUCGAACCUAGGACCCCAGAGCUCCAGCUCGUUUCUUCUAGAGUUACACUUAUUUGAUGGAGAUUCUGUUUUGUUUCCAUUCUAUUUUUGAUAAUCUGCACAAAAAAUUGCAACUUCCAUAGACACAAUUUUGACAUUCAAAAGUGCCAUCCUCAUUACAAAGCAUCAUGGUGUCUUUUUGCUUGCGUUCUUUUUUUUUUUCCUCCCACACCU